UUGUUUUUUUGCCUCUAUAUAGGGUGUGUGCGGGUAUGCGUGUGCCUGGUGGAAUUGUCAGUAGAGUCAGUACUCAUGUUUAUUAAUAACGAAAAUAAACUCUUAAAUCCAUCUGUGAAGUGAUUCCGUACAGAACUAGCAUCUACUUUGAGUUGUUUUGUUGUUGGAACUUUUUUGGGUGGAAAACGUCAGUUCUCUGCUGCGUGGUGAAUUGUGAUGCUUCUGUUUAUCUAUUUUUGGAUAUAAGAGAGUUGUUGGGUUGUAAAACGGUACAAAAGAUUCUUUAAUGGUGGACACUUGGAAUCUCAGUCUGAUGCAAGCAGCAUAACCAAAGCUGGCGUGCUUAGUUCUACAAUGCCGCAGAUAAGUAGUUGUCGCCUUCUAUUUUUCAUUUGAAAUAGCAUGAGCUCUCCAUCAGCUCAAUUCGCUGCUUCAAGAAGGAUGGGUAUAUAUGAGCCAGCCCACCAGAUUAGCAUGUGGGGUGAAACCUUCAAAGGCAGUAUGAGUCCAAACACUGGUGUAUCCACGAUUGUUGAGGUGGAAACAAGAGUUGACAACAAGUCGGAAGAGACUUCUCAUGGAGCCAUGGAACAUUCCAAAAAGUACGACCAGGAAGCAACCAAGCCGCCUGAUAAGGUAUCAAGACGUCUUGCACAAAAUCGUGAGGCUGCUCGUAAAAGUCGUUUGCGUAAAAAGGCUUAUGUGCAACAGUUGGAGUCAAGUCGUUUAAAGCUUGCACAAUUGGAGCAGGAGCUUGAGCGAGCUAGACAUCAGGGUGUAUACGUAGGUGGUGCUUAUGAUACUAGUCAUCUGGGGAUGUCUGGACCUGUUAACUCAGGGGUUGCUACAUUUGAGAUGGAGUAUGGACAUUGGGUUGAAGAGCAAAUGAGACAGACACGUGAAUUAAGAACUGCUUUGCAAGCUCAUGUAACUGAUAUAGAGCUCCGCAUACUUGUAGAUGGUGGCAUGAGCCACUAUUAUGAUCUUUUCCGCAUGAAAGCUGCUGUAGCAAAAGCUGAUGUUUUCUAUUUAAUGUCUGGCAUGUGGAAAACAUCAGCUGAACGGUUUUUUCUUUGGAUUGGAGGAUUUCGCCCAUCUGAGGUUCUAAAGGUUCUCCUACAUCAACUUGACCCUUUAACAGAACAACAGAUUAUGGAUGUCUGCAACCUCCAGCAAUCAUCUCAGCAAGCAGAGGAUGCUCUUUCACAAGGGAUGGAUAAACUGCAGCUAACUCUGGCUGAGACUCUAGCAGCUGAUCCACUAGGAGCUGGAAGUUAUACAUCACAGAUGGCUACAGCGAUAGGAAAUUUGGAUGCUCUUGUAACCUUUGUGAACCAGGCAGACCACCUUCGCCAGCAAACCCUGCAGCAAAUGGCUCGCAUCCUGACAAUUCGUCAAGCAGCUCGGGGUCUGCUUGCCUUGGGAGAUUAUUUCCACCGCCUUAGAGCCUUAAGUUCUCUUUGGGCUGCCCGUCCUCGUGAGCCAUCCUAAUCUGUUGAGAAAGACAUGCUGACUUUACAGUUUCUUGGUUUUGAUCUUGGGCUGGAGAAAUCAUGUCUCAGCGGCAAGGGAAAAUGUUACUUCGAUUAUCAGAAGCCUCUCGAUAGUGAUCAUUUUAGCUUCUUAUGAACAUUAUCUAAGCUGCUGACAUUUUUUAAGCAGUGCCCCCACUAUUGAAAGAAAACUUGUAAAUAUGAAACUCCAGAAGCCAUCUGUGAAGAGGAAGUUUUGUUCUGUAAGUUUAUCUUUCAUGGACAUUUGUAAUAUAUGUCUACACAAAGUUGUUGAAUUGUAGGUUUAGUGUUUGAGCGGAAAAAGGAACUUCUCAUGUAAAAUUGUAGAAUAGUUGUCUGCACUGCUAGGAUCUGGGGGAGGAAAGAUGUACAUUCAUAUUUCUUCAUGUUGAUGUGCCUUUGCACACUUUAAAUGGCUCACUUUUUUUU